UCGUCGCGGGUCGGGCCUGGCAGCGCGGCGCCAUGGCGGCGGCGUACGAGCAGGUGCAGAAGGGGCCGCUGAGGCUGAAGGGCGGCGCCGAGGUCGGCGUGACCAAGCGGAAGAAGAAGAAGAAGGACAAGGACACGGCGAAGCUUCUCGAAGCCAUGGGCUCCAGCAAGAAGAGCGAGGAGGAGAAGCGGCGCGGCCCGGACCCGCGGACGCCGGCGCAGGCGGCCUUCGAGAAGAUGCAGGAGAAGCGGCAAAUGGAAAGGAUCCUGAAGAAAGCAUCGAAAACCCACAAACAGAGAGUGGAGGACUUCAACAGACACCUGGACACGCUGACCGAGCACUACGACAUCCCCAAAGUCAGCUGGACCAAGUAGAGCGGCCGUCCACUCCCACCCCCUGCCGCCCAGCCUCCUCCAGACUCCCGGCCUCCAUCCCACACCCCUCGCUCCCAGCCUCCUCCAGGCUCCCGGCCUCCAUCCUGCACCCCUCCCUCCCAGCCUCUUCCAGGCUCCCAGCCUCCAUCCCACACCCCUUCCCAUCUCCAGGCUUCCGGAUCUGAAAGAGCCCUUGGCAGUUCCAGGGGAAAGCUGGCCUUACCCGCCUGAAGGGUCCUUUUGAGGUGGGAUCCUGGAAGAGGCCCAGUCAGCUGCCCGCCAGGUGAAAAGGAGACCCUCACAGGCCUCCUCCAAGACCACCCUCACCGACCGCUUCCCACCAACGUGGGACUCCCCGCCCAGGCUCCCACAGCCAUGGACGCUGGGGCCAGGCAGCCCGCGGGCAGAGCUGCCACUCAAGACAAGGGCUGGCCCUUCCCUGCCCGUUACUGCCAUGACGGACCUCCCUGAUGCAGGGAUCAGUGGGGUGAGGACCUCGGCAGAGCCACCAGCCACCCUCGACCCAGGCCCAGUAUGUACGCAGCUGCCCGCUGUGUGGGGCCGCGUGGCUCCCUGGCCUGAAGACAGUGACAGGAGCAGGACACCGAGAGGACACAGAGUCAGAGCAGGUGAUGCUCAGGCCUGGGCCCAGCCCUGGACAACCCAGGUCUUUGAGGGCCUCCAGCUACCGUGUCGUCAGAGUGCACCUGCUGCUGACAGACCCUGAACCAGUCAGCAGCCCCAGGAUAAAGCCUCAGGCUGUGUGAAACCUGCAUAAUAAAGCCUGCCAGAGCUUCCA